CUUGUUCUGGCCAUUCCGACCCGACUCGACUCGACUCCGUAUUAUCUGUGGCGAAACCUCUCCGAGAACUCGCGCAAGUAGGUCCUCUUCUGCAAGCUUUAGAACCCUAGAAACGGACAGGAUUCGUAUCGCUCCACUCUGACCUACUCGAAGUUGAUGCAAAGAUGAGUUCGCGGAAGAAGACGCCUUUCCAGAAGCAUAGAGAGGAAGAGGAGGCAAAGAAAAAGAGAGCGGAGGACGAAACAGCUCGAUUAUACCAAGAGUUUCUGGAAUCAUUUCAAGGGGAUAUAACGCCUGGGUCGAAGGCUUUUGUUCGAGGAGGAACCAUCAAUCCCAAUGAGAAAGUGAAGCCUGAUACCGAAGGUGAAAAGUUCAAAGAUGGGGUAUCUGUUCCAAAGAAGGGAAGUAGGUAUGUUCCAUCUUUCAUACCACCUCCUUUGGCAGCUAAGGGAAAAGAAUAUGAAAAGAAAGAGGAGGAAAAGCCGAAGGAAAAAGAGAAAGGUAAGUCUCGGAACAUAGAUCAUUUUAUGGAGGAGCUGAAGCGUGAGCAAGAAAUGAGGGAAAGACGAAAUCAAGAGCGUGAACAUUGGCGUGAUGGGCGCCACAAUGAACAUUCUGCUCUAUCUAGUCACUUUGAUGAACUGCCUGAUGACUUUGACCCAAGUGGAAAGAUUCCUGGGUCAUUUGAUGAUGGUGAUCCACAAACUACUAAUCUCUAUGUUGGAAAUCUCUCACCUCAGGUCGACGAAAAUUUUCUUCUACGGACUUUCGGAAGAUUUGGCCCUAUUGCUAGUGUGAAGAUAAUGUGGCCUAGGACAGAAGAGGAGCGAAGGCGACAAAGAAAUUGUGGUUUUGUAGCUUUCAUGAAUAGAGCUGAUGGACAGGCUGCAAAGGAUGAAAUGCAAGGAGUUGUUGUUUAUGAAUAUGAGUUGAAGAUUGGAUGGGGUAAGUCUGUUGCUCUACCUUCACAAGCGCUGCCUGCUCCUCCACCAGGACAUAUGGCGAUCCGGAGUAAGGAGGGUAGCACUGUAAUUUUGUCUGGUCCAUCAGGCCCACCAGUCACUUCUGUUCCAAGUCAGAAUUCUGAACUGGUUCUUACCCCAAAUGUUCCCGACAUAAUGGUUUUUCCACCCAAUGAUGAUCAUCUCCGCCAUGUGAUUGACACAAUGGCUCUCUAUGUUCUGGACGGAGGAUGCGCCUUCGAACAAGCUAUUAUGGAGAGAGGUCGUGGCAAUCCUCUCUUUGAUUUUUUGUUUGAACUUGGCUCGAAGGAGCAUACUUACUAUGUCUGGAGGCUCUAUUCCUUUGCUCAGGGUGAUACCCUUCAAAGAUGGCGAACAGAGCCUUUUAUCAUGAUAACUGGCAGUGGAAGAUGGAUUCCCCCACCUCUUCCAACAGUAAAAAGCCCAGAGCAUGAAAAGGAGUCUGGCUCCACGUAUGCUGCAGGAAGAAGCAGGCGCGUGGAACCAGAAAGAACACUUACUGAUUCACAGAGGGAUGAGUUUGAGGAUAUGCUGCGUGCUUUAACGUUAGAGAGGAGUCAGAUAAAGGAAGCUAUGGGGUUUGCCCUGGAUAAUGCUGAUGCAGCUGGAGAGAUAGUCGAAGUUCUGACAGAAUCUUUGACACUUAAGGAAACUCAUAUUCCAACUAAAGUUGCAAGGCUUAUGCUCGUUUCUGACAUUCUUCAUAAUAGUAGUGCUCCUGUAAAGAAUGCUUCUGCAUACCGCACCAGAUUUGAAGCAGCAUUACCUGACAUUAUGGAGAGCUUUAAUGAUUUGUUUCGCAGCAUCACAGGAAGGAUUACUGCAGAGGCCCUUAAGGUAAACUGUACAAUCUCUCUUUUUUUGGGCUUUCAGUCUUUAUCUAAUUUAUUUAGUUUGUUUCUGAUUCAUUGUAAAUCUUUGUCUGAAAUUUUGAAGGAACGAGUACACAAAGUGUUGCAAGUCUGGUCAGACUGGUUUUUGUUUUCAGAUGCAUAUGUGAAUGGUUUACGAGCUACUUUUCUUCGACCUGGGAACUGUGGUGUCAUCCCAUUUCAUUCCAUAUGUGGUGAUGCGCCAGAACUAGAAAAAAAGACUACUUCUGAAGAUACAGGUGAUGGGAGUAAGGCCAACCAAGAUGCUGCAUUGGCAAUGGGCAAGGGAGCAGCUAUGAAGGAGCUAAUGAGUCUUCCCCUCGCUGAGCUAGAAAGACGUUGCAGACAUAAUGGAUUGUCUCUUGUUGGUGGUAGAGAAAUGAUGGUUGCACGGUUGCUAAGUCUGGAAGAGGCAGAAAAACAAAGGGGUUAUGAAUUAGAUGAUAAUUUGAAAUAUGCACAGAGCCAUUCGAGUUCUGGCAGAUAUUCCAAUAGUCAUAAUAGAGAAAUGAAUAUGGAACCAGAGUUAGUGGGUCUGACUGGAUGGAACAGUUAUGGAGAGGAUGAUGUGCAGUCACAAGGCGAAGAGUCUGUUCCUUUGGCUCCGACCCCUCCCAUUCUCCAGCCUGAACUAAAAGCUUUCUCAAAGAAAGACAAAAAUGAUCCUGUUUUGCCAGCAUCUAAAUGGGCUCGAGAGGAUGGUGAAAGUGAUGAUGAACAAAAGAGUAGUGGUUUGGGUCUGGGAUUGAGCUACUCUUCUUCUGGAAGUGAGAAUGCUGGUGAUGGUCCUAGUAAGGCUGAUGAGAUGGAGUUUGCAACUGGUACAAGCAUCCCAGCGCAACUUGACACUGGAAUGAAUGAAGAGCAGAGGCAAAAGUUAAGACGUCUAGAGGUGGCUUUGAUAGAAUAUCGUGAAUCCCUUGAAGAGCGGGGAAUCAAAAAUUCAGAGGAAAUUGAGAGGAAAGUUUCAAUUCGCCGGAAACAGCUACUAUCUGAAUAUGGGUUAUUAGAUGCUAACGAUGAUUCGUCAGGGAACAAGAGAACAUCUUCAGAGAGGAGGGACAGACGGGAUGGUAGCAGCGACUCUUCUAGAAAGCGGCACCGGAGCCAGAGCCAAAGUGAGAGUCCACCACGAAAAUCAUCCAACCGAGGCAAGGAAAGGGAACAUGCAUUGAGCAGGGACAGGGAAAGACAUAGGGAUAGAGAUAGAACUCAUGAUUUUGAAAGUGAGAGAGGGAAGCGGGAUCGGGAACGUGAGAAGAGUGGUAGCAAAGAGAGGGAUGACCCUGACAGGGGUAGAGGCAGAGAAAGAGAAAGAGACAGAGACGGGGAUAGGAGAAGACGAGCAAAGUGAGUUAUUCUCUGGGUUGGUUUUUUGAGAAUUCAGGUGGAAUGUUUUGAGAUGAAGAGAUGCCCAUGUAGUUGGUCCAGGGUUGGCUGCCAUGAAAAAGUUUCUGUUUUCACUGUUAUGAAAGAAGAAAUUUCUUUCCAUUUCUUGUAUAAACCCCCAAGAGGAAACCUGUUUCUUGUUAAAUUGUAUUAGAUGUGUUAACAUU